AUGCUUACCAAGCAAAGAGCAGCCAUUCUGACUGGGAUGCCGGGCAUUGGCAAGACGGCGAUUGCCCGGGAGUACGUUCACCAUCAUGGCCGGCAUUUCAGUUCAAUUAUGUGGGUGCAGGCUAGCCAUCGACAGAGUAUCGCGCAGUCCUUUCAUGAGAUCGCUGAUGCCCUAGAACUGUUAGGAAGUCACAAGAAAGACAGUCACUUGCAAAGUCAUGCGAGACUUACGUCAUGGCUGCAAGAAAACAAGUCGGACUGGCUAUUGAUCUUUGAUGAUGCCGACGAUCUGGAAGACCUACGAGCGUAUAUUCCACGCUGUGAUCAUGGCAACAUUCUUGUUACUAGUCGGUCCACAGAUCCUGAUCUCCUUCCAAGCAGUUCUCUAGUUGAAUCUUGCGUGAAUUCAUUCGGUGAAGAGGAGGUGAGCGAACUGGUUCAUGCCAUCACAGGCCUCCCUCGGGAACAAGUCCAGGACCUUGGUCUUGUGCAUUUGCUCGGGGGCAACCCGCUUGCAGUGCGCAUGGUUGGCAAAGCACUGCAGAACGAGUCUCAACCCCGCCUCAGCCGACGUAAUGACCUUGAAGGUGGCGUUAUGGAAAGUUUGAGUGAGCUUCCCGGGUUGAUGCGCCUACGCAAGCAACAUCGGCUCCAGUCCGCGUCAACCACGCUUCUGACGGCCUGUCUGAAUAUCGAUCAACUCUCCCCGGAAGCGAAAAGCUUGUGUAGUGUGAUCUCCUACCUAGAUCCCUAUGACACCCCCGAGUCAACCCUGCUUCAGGCGCAACGAUGCAGCCCGAUUAUCAGAGCCUUUCCUAUCACAAACGUGACCUUCCACCGGGCCCAAAUCGAGUCCCUAAAAAGUGGACUCUGCUCACCCGCGGGCUCCCGUUCAUCGAUACAAAUGCACCGGGUGGUGCAAUCCACAUUGCGGCAGUAUCUGACCAGUUCUCAUGAGCAGGUGCAUGCAUUCAACACGGCGGUGCAACUGCUCCUGGCACAGUGGCCCUCCAAGAGAAAGCUUAGGAAUAUUGUGUUUGGCUACUGGCCUGAGUUCUCGCGCAUCCACACCCAAUGUCACCGCCUGUCGGAGGUCGCCUCUGCAACUCUAACGAGCCCAGAGCACUAUACGCCCUUUGUCAAGCUCAUUCUCUUGUGUGCUUGGUAUAACUCUCAUGUCUUGAAAAAUGCCGAAGAGGAUCUGGACUUGGUCGCGUUUGCCCACAAUUUACUAGCCACCCUGCACACUGAGAAAGGGCUGCCUUCCACCACGGCAAGGAAGGACGAUAUUCAGCGACCGCGAAGACUCGUGCUUAUCGACGAUCGCACUGCUGGCUGGAAAGUGAUCGAUACCCCGGGCAGGCCCGCCGUCUACGUUGCCCUGAGCUACAGCUGGACUGACCAGCGCGACGACCACCAACCCAUGCCGGUGACGCUCACCAAGUCCACCUUCAGCCACUACAGCAAAGGAGGCCGCGUCGCCGACCUCCCACUUCUCUACCGCGAUGCGUGCGGGAUUGCCACAUCGCUCGGUAUCCACUACCUUUGGAUUGAUGGCCUUUGCGUCAUACAAGACGACCCCGUCGACCGCGCAGUCGAGCUGUCGAAGAUCGCCGGGAUCUACCGCAAUGCCUCGGCCACGAUCACGCGUCAAUACAUCCCCGCGGGGCCGCCUGUAAAACUUCCGGGUGCUUCUGAUUGUGAUCAGAUGCUGAUCGAGCCUUAUUCGGUCUUAUGUCACCGCUGUGCUUCAUUCCCUGAGAAACGAGCGAAUCUUCCCGGUGCUGCUGUGGUCCAGCCAUCAGUGCCGGACUUCUUGAAAGGGUAUACCUCGGGCCUUAUGGGGCAGGAGUCUGAGACCGGGUCAUUCAAGGUCGAGAUCAUCUGGCUGCCGGAUGUGCUGGCGGAAGAGCAUCAGUCAGAGGGCAAAAGAAAAGCCGAUAACGGUGAUGAUAUCAUUGACGGUGGGUUAGAGGUCUCGCAGGUCUCAGAUUCAUCGAGCCCCGACUGUGAGGGAGCGGGGCGCACGACGCCGCAGAGAGCAACAUGUCUGGGCAGUCAUUUCCAAGGCUACCUACCUUGGUACUGCUGCGCGGUGAACAAAUACCAACAUUAG